AGCUCUUAGAACAUUGUUGUUUCCUGGCUCUAACUAAGCGCACAGUUCUCUUCACAGAACAAACAUAUCUCUAGUAAAGAAUCAAAGCUUGUGCUUUUCUGGAUCUUUGCUAUUGCUUUGUUUGAAACGACUUCCCACUGAACUUUUGUCGAGAUGAGUGACAACUUUCUCGUUUUGCCGGGCCCUGCGGCCUUAUCUCCUUUCAGAAUCAACUAUUUGAUCCAGGACUUGGAGAGAAAAUUCGACUGCCAGGGUGCCAUUGUCAACGUGGCCUCUUCAUACACGCACUAUGUGUCCUUGAAGCAGACACUCUCGGACUCGCAGAAGAAAUUGUUGGAGAUUUUGCUCACGUACGAUCAAGCCGUCGACACCUCCGUGGAAACCAAUAAAACGCUCCAGGACUUGUCCGCAGUGACUGGAGAGGCCGUGGAAGACGCUCGUUUUGCCACUUUGACUGACUCCAACUCGUUGUUGGUCAGAGUUUUGCCCAGAUCCGGCACGAUUUCCCCAUGGUCCUCAAAGGCCACUGACAUUGCCAACAUCUGCGGGUUGGGCGACUUUGUCGAGCGUAUCGAGCGCGGAUUGACGUUGUUGAUUACCGCCAAAGAGGGUACAUCGCUCGUAGAUACGUUGCGCGCGGACGCUGCGGGCCUGUUGAACAUUGUGUUUGACCGGAUGACGCAAGUAUUGUUCCUCAAUGAGCAAGUGCCACAGUACACGGACUUGUUUUCGCACCACCUGCCUAAGCCAUUGGUGGAGGUGGACAUCUCCGGCGACAAGUUAGUACAGGCCAACAAGGACUUGGGCUUGGCUUUGGACCAGGGCGAGAUCGACUACUUGAUUCACGCAUUCAACACUGUGAUUGGGCGCAAGCCCACUGACGUAGAGUUGUUUAUGUUUGCGCAGGUGAAUUCCGAGCACUGCAGGCACAAGAUCUUCAAUGCGGACUGGACCAUCGACGGUGUCAAGAAAGACUUGUCUUUGUUCCAGAUGAUCCGCAACACGCACAAGAAAAACCCACAGUACACGGUUUCCGCGUACUCCGACAAUGCGGCUGUCUUCGAGGGCCCCAUGGGCUAUGUGUUCACGCCGGAGUUUAAGACGAAGGAGUGGCAUGCGAUCCGCGAGAACGUGUUCACGUUGGUCAAGGUCGAGACCCACAACCACCCUACGGCUGUGUCGCCAUUCCCCGGCGCUGCCACCGGUUCUGGAGGUGAAAUCCGUGACGAGGGUGCGGUCGGCCGCGGCUCGAAAUCGAAGGCCGGACUCUCGGGCUUCUCCGUAUCAGACUUGAACAUCCCCACAUUGCCUCAGCCCUGGGAGCGCGACGUGGGGAAGCCAGACCACAUUGCAAGUGCCCUUGACAUCAUGCUCGAAGCCCCCAUCGGCUCGGCUGCGUUCAACAACGAGUUUGGUAGACCGGCCAUCAACGGGUACUUCCGUACGUUGACUACUGAGGUGCAGAAUGCCCAGGGCGACAAGGAGGUGCGUGGUUUCCACAAGCCCAUCAUGUUAGCUGGAGGCAUGGGUGCCAUCCGCCCCGGCUUGGCGUUGAAAGACACGCGCAUCACACCAGGCUCGCAACUUAUUGUGCUUGGUGGCCAGUGUAUGUUGAUUGGUUUGGGCGGCGGUGCCGCGUCUUCUGUGUCCUCAGGCGAAGGCUCGGCUGAGUUGGACUUUGCCUCUGUGCAAAGAGGCAACCCGGAGAUUCAGAGACGUGCGCAACAGGUCAUCGACGCGUGUGUUUCGUUGGGCAAAGAGGGCAACCCAAUUCAGUCCAUCCACGAUGUCGGUGCUGGCGGCUUGUCCAACGCGUUGCCCGAGUUGGUGCACGACAACGACUUGGGCGCCCGCUUCGAGCUCCGUUCCAUUUUGUCCUUGGAGCCUGGCAUGUCGCCCAUGGAAAUCUGGUGUAACGAGUCGCAAGAGCGGUACGUGAUGGGUGUUGCGCCCGAGAACUUGGCCAUGUUCAAAGCCAUCUGUGAGCGCGAGCGUGCGCCCUUUGCCGUGGUCGGCGAGGCCACCGAGGAGAAGCGUUUGAUCUUGUCUGACUCCUUGUUGAACUCCACACCCAUUGACUUGGACAUGUCCGUGUUGUUCGGCAAGCCACCCAAGAUGUCCAAGACCGCCACCACGCAGCCCUUGCAGUUGCAGCCGUUCGCUACUGCUGACUUGGACGUGCAACAGGCCGCUGAGCGCGUGUUACAACUCCCCUCCGUGGGCUCUAAGAACUUCUUGAUCACCAUUGGUGAUCGCUUCGUCACGGGCUUAGUGGACCGUGACCAGAUGGUCGGGCCUUGGCAGGUGCCGGUGGCUGACGUGGGUGUGACCAACACAGCGUUGGGUGACACGAUCUUGGCCACUGGGGAGGCCAUGGCCAUGGGUGAGAAGCCCACCUUGGCACUUAUUUCUGCCGCCGCGUCCGCCAAGAUGUGCGUAGCCGAGUCCUUGCUCAACGUGUUUGCUGCAGACAUUCCUGCACUCGACACGGUCAAGUUGUCGGCCAACUGGAUGUCUGCUGCAGCGCAUGCUGGCGAGGGCGCCAAGUUGUACGAGGCCGUUCAGGCUAUCGGUCUUGACUUGUGCCCAGACUUGGGCGUGGCCAUUCCUGUGGGCAAGGACUCUAUGUCCUUGAAGAUGAAGUGGGGUGACAAGGAGGUCACGGCACCAUUGUCCUUGUGCAUCACGGCGUUUGCGCCGGUCUCUAACACAUCCAACACAUGGACCCCCGAGUUGAAGGCACUUGACGAGGAUACCGUUUUGGUGCUCGUCGACUUGGCUGCGCAGGUCAAGAAGUCCUUGGGCGGCUCUGCGUUGGCCCAGGUGUACCAGCAGGUGGGCGACUCUGCCCCCAACGUGCACUCGCACGAGCUCUUCAAGAACUUCUUGGAGUCCUUGAUCGCAUUGCACCGUGAUGUAGACGUCUUGGCCUACCACGACCGUUCUGAAGGUGGUUUGUUCACCACCGUCAGCGAGAUGUUGUUUGCUGGUCGGUGUGGUGCGGACUUGAGCUUGACGUCUAAGGAAGACGUCUUGACCGAGUUGUUCAACGAAGAGCUUGGAGCAGUGUUCCAGAUCCGGUCCGCGGACCUCGAAAAGUUUGUGGGUGUUUUGGGCGCCCACCAUGUGGCUGAGUCUUACAUUUCCGUGAUUGGUAGACCUACCACGGCCCAGGCCUUGUCGAUCAAGGUCAACGGUGCACCAGUGUACGAGAACACGCGUGCGGACUUGCAAAAGUUGUGGAGUAACACCUCGUACCACAUCCAGAAGAUGAGAGACAACCCAGCCACUAGUGCCCAGGAGUACGCAUCUAUUCUGGAUGACGCGGACCCUGGUAUUUCGUACCAAUUGACCUUCAAGCCCCAGGAAAUCACGGUGCCUGUGCUGGAGAAGAAGCCUAAGGUCGCCAUCUUGAGAGAACAGGGUGUCAACUCGCAGCAGGAGAUGGCUUGGUCUUUCAGUCAAGCCGGCUUCGACGUCUACGACGUGCACAUGUCCGACAUUUUGACUGGCAGGGUCACUUUGGAUGACUUUACGGGAAUUGCUGCCUGCGGUGGCUUCUCAUAUGGUGAUGUUUUGGGUGCCGGAGCUGGCUGGGCUAAGUCGGUAUUGUUCAACGACAUUGCCAGAAACGAGUUCAAGAAGUUUUUCCAGGACAGAGACGACACCUUUGCCUUUGGUGCGUGUAACGGCUGUCAGUUCUUCAGCAGAAUCGCCGAGUUGAUUCCUGGUACCGAGAACUGGCCCUCAUUCGAGAGAAACUUGAGUGAGCAGUACGAGGCCAGAUUCGUCAUGGUUGAAGUCGAGAGUUCCGACAGCAACAAGUCCAUUUUCUUGCAGAAUAUGAAGGGCUCCAAAUUGCCCAUCGCCGUGGCUCAUGGUGAAGGAAGGGCCAGUUUCAAGGACGAUGGUGUGAAGGACGCUUUCUUCAACACGGAGAAGCAGGCUGUCAUCAAAUACGUCGACAACUACGGCCAGCCCGCUCAAAGCUAUCCAUUCAACCCCAACGGUUCUCCAGAGGGUGUUGCUGGUAUCGCGAACGCCAACGGCAGAGUGUUGGCGAUGAUGCCCCACCCAGAGAGAGUCACCAGAUUGGAAUCCAACUCGUGGUACCCUAAGAAGGAGUCUGCUGAGUGGGAGGGCUAUGGCCCAUGGAUUGCGUUAUUCAAGUCUGCUCGGCAAUGGGUUGGAGACAGAUUUUGAUGGGAUAUGCGCGUAGCUUUAGGAUUGAUUCAUACAAAAUAACAUUUAAAUGAGAAACAUGGAAAGGGCAUUUUGCGG